AUGAGUAUUGGAUAAGUUCAUCCAAAUAGCUCACUUCCUCUUGACCUUAAAGAAUACAAAACAGAACUAGAGUAAUAAUAUAUAUUUAAUCAUGUAGUUCACUAAAACUGUUUCAAACUAUAAGAUAAAGUAAACAAGUUUCUAAAGAAACUUCUCUUAUCAUUCAAUCUCCAAAAAAGUAAAAACUUAUUAAUAAUUUAGUGCAAAUAGCAAUAGACAUUUCUUAAGUCCAAAACAUAGCUUAUUUAUGUGUUAUGAUUAAACGAAUUAAGACGAUGGUAUUAAUUUUUUCUAAGAAAAACCAAUUAAAAAGAAAUUUGAGAAUGCAGUCAGAAAAUUAACAAUACUCCUAUCAUUUUUUAGAUAUAUUAGAUUAUAACAAAAACAAGAAAUCCUGUUUUAAUAAAAAUAGAUCCAUAAGAAACGGCAAAAAUUACCCUUUUAUCCAGACCAGUUUUAUCUUUGGAAAAAAUUCAUGUCGCUUUAAACAGCUAUGACAUUGAUGCUAUAUCCAAUCUAUAUUAGUCUAUCUGAUUUCAAUUAAUUUGUAAUAAAAUAUACAUUUACUAUAGGAUUCAUUAACAAUUAUUACAUUUAUAUUGGAUGGACUCUAUUUAAUUGAUAUAAUCUUAAAAUAAUUAACUUGUUAGAUAGAUAAUAAUUAUAAUUUAAUUAACACUUUUAUUGAUAUCUUUCUAUUCAACCUUUAAAGGUGGCUGAUUUUUGAUAUAGUUAGCAUUAUUCCAUAUAAAUUAUUUCCUCUCACCUAUUAUGAUUUAAUGGGACUACAUUUACUCAAAUUACUUAGAUUUAUUAAAUAUUUUUGUUAUAAUGAAAGAUUUAUUUAUUAGGAAUCUCAAAAUUCCAUAGAAAAAUCUCAAUAUUUUGAAAAACUCUUUUAAUUAGAUGGCAAAAUCAUAAGUAUUUUAAAGAUUUUUAAAAAUAUGCUUAUUUUUGUUAGUUUGUUUGGAUGCUUAUUUCAUUCAGUUUUGCUUUAUGAAGGAAUUGAAUCAAAAGAUAAUGAUAUCUCUAUAUAUAUUUAAGGAUUAUAUUGGGCUAUAUAAACAGUUACUGUAGUUGGAUAUGGAGAUGUUCCUUUAACUACUUCAAUGUAGUAUAAUUUGACUAUUAUUUGGAUAUUCAUAGGUGUUGGUUUCUAUUCAUUAACUAUUGGAAAUUUAGCAGAUAUCUUAGAUUAAUAAACUUCUACAGAUGGUUUUGAAGAAGAUUUAGAAGCUUUAGAAACUUUAAUGUAGAAAAUCAUAAUUCCAGAAGAAUUGAGUAAUCAGUUAUUUUCUUACUUUUAAUAUAACAUUGAGAAUAAUCCUUUUUGGAAUUAUAAAAAGUAAAUAUUAUUUUUAAAUAAGAAUCAUAGGAUCAUAGAAACAUUGCCAUCUUAAUAAAAGAUUUUUGCCAUAGCCUUUUGUCAAAAAUAAUUGAUUGAAAAUGUCAAUAUGUUUACAUUCAACAUCAAUUUUGCUGCAGCCAUACUGCCUUAUUUUUCAAUGUAUAAUUACAAAUAAUUUGACACUAUUUAUUACAAUGGAUCUCCAAGUCUAGAAGUAUUUUUUUUAGUUGCUGGUGAAGUACGACUAUGUGAUGAAUAAGGAAACACUUUAUUAAAUAUAUAAGAGGGAUAUAUAUUUGGUGAAAUAGAAAUCUUAGAAAAUAAUAAUAGAAAACAAUCCGCAGUUGCUUGUAAAGAUUCUUUAGUAAUAAUGUGUCCCAUUUCAUAAUUCUUACAACUUAUAUAAGAAGAUGAAUCCUUGUUAUUUGAAAUUGAACAAUUAGGAUUGAGAAGAAAACUCUUACUUUAAGAAAAUCUUUCAAAAAUUAAAAGUAAUCAGUUAAAUCUAUAUAGAAAAUGCUAAAUAAUUAAAAAGAAUUAGUGUUAUUGAAGGUGAUCCUAUGACAUAAUUUGUUUACAAGAAGUAUAUGCUUGAAAAAAAAUUCAAGACAAAAGUGAUUAAAGAAAGUUUUUAAUAGAUUCAUAAGAAACUUUUACGAAUUAUUUUUGGCCAUCAUUAAGAAAAGAAAUGGAAACAUAGAGCAUUAUUCAAAAUGGCUGUUAGAAAAAUUAUAGACCAUCUAAAAUAGAAUAAAAAUUAAUAUAAAAAAACAAAUAUUGUAAUUGGUAAACAAAUGUUACAAAAUUUUGCAUAAGUUUAAUAAUAGGAAUUGAAUAUCUAAAAUUAAAUCUUUAAAAAUAAAAAGGCUGGAAAAUGGCAAAAAAGAGUUAAAGUUAAAGACAUUUUAAAUAAUUAUAUUUAAAAAGAUUUUGCUCCAAUGCUGAUUACACCAUACCCUUUUUAUGAAGAUAUUUUAAAUGAAAUAAAAGAAGAGAGAAAAUAAUUUAGAUAGAAAUAAAAUAAAAUGUAAGAAUUAUCAAAUAGAUUGAUUAAGAUCAACCUUAUUGGAUAAUUUCAAAUCUGCAAUACACUAUAUGAGGACUUAAUUGAAUAAAUAGACAUCUUAUACGAAACACAAUAUUAAACGUAUCAAUCAUAGGAGGAAAUAGAAUCUGUCUAUUACUAAAUAUAUUCAUUAGUUUCAUAAAUUAAUUGA